AUGUACUUGAAGCUCUUCUUCUUCAUCAUACUCUCUCAAUGCCUUCAUUAUUCCUCUUCCCAAAUUCUCGACUUCACUUACAAUGGCUUCCCUCAUCCACUUCCUGACAUAUCCGUCCAAGGGUUCGCCACCGUCACACGUAACGGUCUGUUGAUGCUAACCAACAUGACCGUGCAGAAAACCGGUCACGCCUUCUAUAACAAACCGAUCCGGUUUAAAGAUUCUCCAAACGGCUCUGUUUCGUCCUUCUCGACAACCUUCGUCUUCGCUAUUCACUCACCAUUCCCAAUACUUAGUGGCCAUGGCAUGGCCUUUGUCGUAGCUCCUAACACAAGCCUCCCAUUUGCCACUAGCGGCCAAUACCUCGGUCUCUUCAACUUCACAAACAACGGUAAUGAAACGAAUCAUGUAUUCGCUGUCGAAUUGGACACGAUCUCGAAUUUCGAGUUCAAUGAUCCCAACAAUAACCAUGUCGGAAUCGAUAUCAAUAGUUUGGAGUCGGUGAAAAGUUUGCCAGCUGGGUGGUGGGACGAGAAAGGCCAAUUCAAGAAUCUGACUUUGAUGAGUCGUAAGCCGAUGCAAGUUUGGGUUGAUUACGAUGGCCUUACACAUCAAAUCAACGUGUCUUUGGCUCCGUUCAGAAAAAGCAAACCUACAAAACCGCUUGUUUCCAUUGUCAAAGAUCUAUCUUCGGUUCUUUUGCAAGAUAUGUUCGUUGGUUUCUCUUCUGCGACCGGUUCUUUUCUAUCGGAACAUUUUGUUCUUGGUUGGAGUUUCGGGGUAAACAGGAAAGCUCCGCCAUUGUCCAAACUUCCGAAGCUUCCGAAGUUCAAAGAAAGGGACAUCUUUUACAAGAAUUGGAUGCUGUCGAUUUCCAUAUUUGUGGUUCCCCUCGUGUUUAUCCCCUCGCUCAUCUUCCUCGUGCGCUUCAUCUUGUUGAGGAGGAGAAAGUUCGCGGAGGAGCUCGAAGAUUGGGAAACAGACUUCAAGAAAAACCGAUUGAAGUUCAAGGAGUUGUACUACGCUACCAAAGGGUUCAAAGAGAAGGGCCUUCUCGGAUCGGGCGGGUUUGGUAGUGUUUACAAAGGUGUCCUGCCAAAGACGCAGCAGGAGAUCGCUGUGAAAAGAGUCUCCAAUGAAUCCAAACAAGGGUUGAAAGAGUUUGUGUCUGAAAUCGUCAGCAUUGGUCGGAUGAGUCACCGGAACUUAGUCCCUCUCUUGGGUUAUUGCCGCCGGAGAGACGAACUUAUUCUGGUGUACGAUUACAUGCCCAAUGGAAGCUUAGACCAGUAUUUGUACAAUACUCCAGAGUUAACACUCGGCUGGAAACAGAGGAUAAAAGUCAUCAAUGGCGUGGCCUCUGCCUUAUUCUUCUUACACGAGGAAUGGGAACAAGUGGUCAUUCACCGCGACAUUAAAGCCAGCAACGUCUUGCUAGACGCGGAGUACAAUGGGAGACUUGGAGAUUUCGGUUUAGCUCGGUUGUGCGGUCACGGAUCAGAUCCUCAAACCACACGAGUCGCUGGAACAUGGGGAUACCUGGCCCCCGAAUACGUCAGGACAGGACAUGCCACAACAGCUACCGAUGUUUUUGCAGUUGGGGUGCUCCUACUAGAAGUGGCGUGCGGGAGACGUCCUAUCGAGAUUCAGAACGAAAGUGGUGAGAGAGUUUUCAUCGUUGAUUGGGUUUUUAGGUUUUGGAUAGAGGGAAACAUCUUGGAUGCUAAGGAUCCGAAUCUAGGGACGGAGUAUGACCAAAGAGAAGUCGAAAUGGUUUUGAAACUAGGUUUGAUGUGCUCUCACUCCGAGCCAUAUAUUAGACCAUCGAUGAGACAGGUGAUACAUUAUCUAAGUGGAGAUGCAAUGUUACCAGAUUUGACGCCGUUGGACUUGUAUGGAAGAGGGAUGAUGUUGGGAAUCCACCACGGAUUUAGUGAGUUAGACAUGUUUACCGUUGCAUCACGCAUGUUUACCGGUGGAUCUUCGAUUGUUGAUUCUAUACUCUCCGGCGGGAGGUGA